AUGGCCCUCCGGCGCCGCACGGCGUCGCUGGGUCGCCUCAUUGCUUUUGCCUUGCGGCCUGUCAUAGACAGCGCGACGACCGGAGCGCUCUUUACCGGACUAGCCUUGGUGGCGAUCGCAUGGUGGCGAAGUCGCGGAGGCCUUCUACAGUGGCUUCGCCAUGGCACAGCAGCGACGGGGGAGGAGAAAGGCGCUAGUGCCUCCAAAGUGCUCGAGUGGCUCUUCAUAGGUGGCGACCGUGCGGCCGCCAACGGAUUCGAGAUCCGACAGAAUGGCAUCACCCAUAUCCUCAACUGCUCAGAGCGGUUACCUUUCUACAUGUCUCACACGCGAAACAAGCGCAUCCAUUUGAAGGACAGCCGCGAUGAGGAGCUGUCCACGCGCUUGAGCGCAGCUUUUGAUUUCCUGGACGAGGUGCAGCGUCACCAGGGGCGUUGCCUUGUGCACUGCCGCCAGGGUGCUAGCAGAUCUGUUUCAAUCGUGCUCGCCUAUUUGGUGCUCAAGAAGCGCUUCGAGCUACGAGAAGCCUGGAGGCUGGUUCAAUCCAAGCGUCCAGUGGCCAGACCGAACGGAGGUUAUUGCCGCCAGCUCAUUCGCUUCGAACAGGAUGCGACAGGCAGAAGCACCAUGACUCCUGUGGAAUUCCGCAACAAGCUCAUGUGA